UCUUGAUAUUAUUAGUAUAUCCAGGCUUCCUUUCAUUAUUAAGUUCUAUAAAAAAUUAUAAUUAAAUUCAGAAUUGGAACUCUUUAAAUUCAUUGUGUGAGGUAAAAAAAAAAUGUAUCAUCUGUUUUGAAAUAUUCUGCUAUAUUUCUUACGCAAACCUUCUUAAGACUCGUUCAGAUGAAACAUUUGAAUUAUCUUAAAUUAUGUUUGAAUUUUGUAUGUACAUUGUAAAUGUACCAAACUGUUGUGUACUAUAUUUUCUUAAGUUUAAACACAUGUUCAUGUGUCUGUGUAUUAUUAAAGAGUUAAAGCUACAAAAUUCUCACUGCUAGUAUUUAAAUUUCCAUAUAAUAUAAAAAUGUUUUCCUUUUCUUCUAAGGAUGACACACAAGUUCUUAAAGUAUGCAGAGUUUCUAAAGAAAUUCAAGCUUAUAAAACCUCCAAGACAGAUAAAAUGAUGAAAUACUUUAAUCUGGUGUGUGCAGAAAACAUGAAAACCUACCAUGUCAGAGUAUACCUGACUGGAAAAUAUGAAAUGUUCAAGGAAGGCAUGACAUACAAGUUUAAAAAUGCUGUUGCGAAAGGAGAGAAUGAACUCUGGGUGACCAAAGAUACUACCAUUGCAUAUGCUGUUCCUGUGACUGUUCACCCUACACUACAAAUUCCACCAUUACCAGAAGAUGUCCCACCACAAGGAGUAGUUCAGGACUUGCCAUCAGCAUUAAAAUCACCAUCAAAAUCAACAGUAACUGGCAAAAUUGUAAAAGUUUCUCCUCUGAAGCAGGUCCGAGAUGGAACAUUAAGCGUAAAGUCCUUACUGAUGAAAGAUAACGAUGGGUUGGCAAAAGUUUGUCUAUUCAGCAAAAAUGCAGAAAUGAAUUAUGAAGGAGAUGUUGUACUGAUAACAUCCGUGUAUACCAAGCAAUUCUUAAAUAUGCCUCAACUAACUACCACCUCAGAGUCCAGAUGCCAGUUCAUUCCAAAUACCUUGAAUGUUUCUGAUCCAACAAGUGAGGAGUUAAAGGCGUUUGAAAACGAUACAGACUUCCUCAAUUCCACAAGUGACAUUAGCACCAAAGCAAUUACACUGAUUGAUGUAUUAGAAGCUGAUGUGUAUGAAAUCUGUGCAAAACAAGGAUGUCGCCAAAAGAAGAUGAUAAAAGGACAGUGUCCAGUUUGUGGCGGGCAGGAAAGUGCCACUGAAAAGAACAUCAGAGCUUUGUUUCUUUAUGAAUCGGAGGGUCAGAAAGAUAACCAUGUUUAAAGGUGCCAUCGAAAGUGCCAUGAACAAAAAUGUACCAACAACAGACAAAAAUGAAACCUUGAUGUUCCUGAUUGAAAGCUUGCCCAUUUCAUUUUCUGGAUGCAUUAGUGCAUCCAACAUUGUUUACAACAUAAACACUGAUGCAUAAAAAAACCUCAACAUGCUUAUUCAGUCUCGGAAUGGAUAGAAAUACUUUAUCUUAAUCCAAGACAAGUAGUCAAUACUGUGGUUUUAAAAUGUUACUAUGGGAUUUGCAACAUUAAGAAUCGCAAUAUUUCUGUUAUUUUGUAACCUUUAAAACCUUUUUUCAUCAGUUUGCAUAAUAGAUCAUAUUCUUUGUCAUUUAUUAAAAUUUGUAUUAUACGAUAAAAAUUUAAUGAUGAAAACAGUUGAACUUUCAGUUUACUGAAGUCUUAUGUCUAUCAGUAUUAUUCAGAUUACUAUUGUAUUAUAUAAGAUUACAUUGGCCUAUCAUAACACAUAUUGAUUUAAAAUGCUAGUAAAUUUUCUUCUUUUGUGUAUUGUAAACUUCAUUUUGGAUAUUCAGCUGCUGUUCAUGUUAUUUUCUUAAUAUUUGUUAAUCAGAGCAGUGUUAUGAUGAUGCUUUUUAUAUCAUGUCCAUAUCUUAAGGUUUCCUACACAAGUAGUGGCUGUUCUUUGCUCAUGCUUUCUAACAUCCUCUGAAGAAUGAUACUCUUUAAAAUGCUACCACAGUACUAAAAUUUACAAGUUUUACAAAUGAAUCAGACAGUCAUUUAUCAUUCAUCACAAGUUCAAAUUAUUUUUUAUAUUGCACAAUAGAUCCUGUACCAGUAGUUUUCCUUAAAAGUUUUUUUAUAAAUGUUCUGCUUUGAUAUUCUGUGCUGAAUUGCCUCGUUUUCUAGAGAUGUUAUCUUAAUUCAACAUCACUUUUAAAAAUUCAAUAAUCUAGGCAUAUUUACAGAAAAUUUUGGCAAUUACUUCUCCAUUCAAAAAAAUUGAAGGGUUUCUUCACUUUCAUUUUUUUAGUCACAUUUUUGAUACUCAGCAAUUGUUGUUUAUAUUAUUUUUUCAGAGCAGUGUUUGCUUUUAUAUAUGUUAAAUUUACAUACGUUUGAACGCUCAGCAGUUUAUUCUGCAUAAUUUAAUAUUUGUUCAGGAAAACAGUUAUGAUAUUUUUUUGUGAUACAUUUAGUAAUACAUGUUUUAAAUGUUAUAAUAAAUGUUUUCUUGCUAAUAUCUUAUGUUUUUUGUCCAAAAAUAUUGUAUUCAAAAUGAUUGUCCAUCUGUAUGUCUGUUAGUCAACAAUUUUAUUGCAUACAUGUACCUUUUCAGCCUUCACAAUUAUUACAUACAACUUUGCUUAAGGAUGAUUGCAGAAAUUCAUCAUAGAUGUGGAAUUCACUUUUAAGAUUAUCACCAUUGCUGUGAGGUGCUGUUUUGGUCUUUAUUACCAUUAAGUCAUAACAGCUAUUCGAAUAGGUGAUUUAGGCGAUUGUUAAGUGAUAUCACCUAUUCGGGUUUUGAAUGAAUAUCACCUUUUCAAAUAGGUAAUGUCACCGUUCAGAUAGGUAAUAUCAUCAAUCCAUAAUGAGUAAGUGAUAUUACCAGUUUGAAUAGGUGACACACCUAUUCGAAAGAGUGAUAUCUCCCUUUCAAAUAGGUGAUAUCACUUAUUUAAAUAAGAUUACUUAUUCAUUAUGUAAAAUAGGUGAUAUGACCCUUUUUGAAUAGGUGACAUUAUCUACUCAUAUUAAAAAGGCUCCGUUUCGGUAUUUAUUCCCAUUAAAUUAUACAUCACCUAUACAAAUAAUGAUAUCGCGUAUUCGGAUCAAACAGGUGAUAUCACUUAUUGAUAAAUGCCGAAACAGUGCUUCAUUGCACAUUUAUCCAAUUCGCUACCUCAAGUAUUUUUGUACCCACAGGCUUCACAUUUACUACGUAAGUGGAGGAUGGUUGGACCAAGACGCUUACAGAAUUUUAGUCGUCAAAAGGUCAAGGCAUUAAAGACUCGUAUAUCCGCUGCACAUUUAUGUGAUGUGAUGUCUGAAAAAAAUUGUAGCCUUAACGGCCAUGUUCACUAUCCUCAAAUAUCCAUAGAAAAGACACCUGUAGAUAUUGCUAAAAAAAUAGAGGUAGUUGGUACCCUUUAAACCAAACUUUCAGAAUGUGUGAAAAAAAAUACUGUAGGUAAUUUUUCUCAGCCCAUAAAUUUGGUGCUUGUACCAAUAGUUUCUUGUAUCAGUUAUAAUAAGUAAUAGUUAAAAAAUUAUGAAGAACCUGUUUGUUAAAAGCUAUCCUGGUUAUCCUCGCUCUAAGGAAGCUGAUUGUCCUCCACACCUGGCUCAUGACAAAAAAGGGACAGCUGGGGCAUUUGUGGUUGAGGGUGCUAGAUUGCAAAACAAUGUUUACUUGACUAAUUCAAAUGCUAGCUCUAUCGCUAACCCCCCUCCCCCAAACACAUUAAUUAACAUACACAAAAACACACAAACCUGCCAAUGAUAGUUACUAGAUAAGAUACAUUCAAAACAUAAUAACAAAUUUUUGAACAUAAUUGAGGAAUAUUGCUAAAUGAUUGAAGCAUAACGACUCCCAACAUUAUCAUUCAAACAAUGAACUGAAAAUCAACUAUUAGAUUCGUUAUCUUGCAAAAUCUGUUAGAUCUACCCUCCUCCCAAUCAAACCUGUUUUAUCGUUUAUACUACCAUUCACUAAAUGAAAAGAACACACGUACGAAUUCUUCGAGCAGGUGCAUGAAGUACUUGCGUAGUAACAUAGCUCGCUGUAGCCAUAUUCUCCGUUUAUCUGCAUCGUUUUGAAAUCUAUGGACACUGACGACCUGUCCCUCUACAGUUUUCCCUCUACAUAUGAAGCAAUACUUUCUUAUCCCGAAACAGAGCUCUUCGUUUGUACGUCCAUUGUGACAGUUGUCAAGAACGCACGCAGAGGUAGACGUAUAUUUAAGUGCAUGCGCAGAUUUACAAUAGGAGAGUUCCAAUUAGGGUAAAUAACUCACGUUCUUGAAAUGGUUAUACUAUGAUUACACGCUAAAUGAAAAAAUACGGGUAAAAUACAUAUACAAAUAGAAAACAUAUACAUUAAACAACACUUCUAAUAUAAACGUAUGGCUCGUAAGUCUCUUCAACUUCUCUCCAUGACGAACAUUGUGUUUUUUUCCAUAAAAACUUCUUUCAGGAAAGUCCUUUUUUCUCUGUUUUGAGAUUGUUCGUUGUUUUUUUUUUCAAAUCGGCUCGUACUUCAACUCGUCGAAGAUACUGACACUGAACUUCUUCCAUACCCUUCAAAGCUUUCAACAACUGAAAUAUUAUAGCGAAUUAAAUUGAGGGUUAACUCUAGAAAAGUUUCUACGUAAUGUUUUGACUGCCGCUUGUGACUUAUAUGCGAGCGAGAGAGA